GCCCUUUUAUGUGUCCUCCACUAUUUUUGUUUUACUUGGUAGUUAACUUUGCACCGGAGCGGCUUCAUCUGAGAACCAGUGCGGUGGACCUAGGCACUCUCUUGUCGUUGCUGGUGGCGAUGGCCUUUUCCUUGUUCUAACCUGGUGGCUUGUGCGAUCAGAGGGUUGGCGGGUGGGAAAAGAGUUUGGCCAUAGUCUUCCUUCUGCAUUUCGUACACAUUCUGCGCUCUCUCUCUCUCUCUGUCUUUCGCUCACACACACAUACACACACGCGCUCGCACACACACGCCCGCUCGAGCCCCUCGGUGUGUCUUCCUUCAAGAUGACAGGGCGCUGGAGAAAAAGCUGCUGGAAUCAGCUGGUGAAAGCAGAGCCUCUGUGGUUCUUAAUGCCUCAGCAGGAUUAUUUUCACUAAAGAUGGAAACACUGGAGUCUGAAUUGACCUGUCCAAUCUGCCUGGAGUUGUUCGAAGACCCCCUUCUGCUCCCUUGCGCUCACAGCCUCUGCUUUAGCUGUGCCCACCGCAUCCUGGUCUCAAGCUGCAGCUCUGGUGAAUCCAUUGAACCCAUUACUGCUUUCCAGUGUCCUACAUGCAGGUAUGUUAUCUCGCUGAACCACCGGGGCCUGGAUGGCCUCAAGAGGAAUGUGACUCUGCAGAACAUUAUCGAUCGCUUCCAGAAGGCUUCAGUCAGUGGGCCCAAUUCCCCCAGUGAGAGCCGCCGGGAAAGGACUUACAGGCCCAGCACUGCCAUGUCUAGUGAGCGAAUUGCUUGCCAAUUCUGUGAGCAGGACCCGCCCAGGGAUGCAGUGAAAACAUGCAUCACCUGUGAGGUCUCCUACUGUGACCGUUGCCUGCGGGCCACACACCCCAACAAGAAACCUUUCACCAGCCACCGCCUGGUGGAACCCGUGCCAGACACCCACCUUCGAGGGAUCACCUGCCUGGACCACGAGAACGAGAAAGUGAACAUGUAUUGUGUAUCUGAUGACCAAUUGAUCUGUGCCUUAUGCAAACUGGUGGGACGUCACCGAGACCAUCAGGUUGCGUCCCUGAAUGACCGAUUUGAGAAACUCAAGCAAACUCUGGAGAUGAACCUCACCAACCUGGUGAAGCGCAACAGUGAACUAGAAAAUCAAAUGGCCAAACUAAUACAGAUCUGCCAACAAGUCGAGGUGAAUACUGCUAUGCAUGAGGCAAAACUUAUGGAAGAAUGUGACGAGUUGGUAGAGAUCAUCCAGCAGAGGAAGCAAAUGAUCGCUGUCAAAAUCAAAGAGACAAAGGUUAUGAAGCUGAGAAAGUUGGCACAGCAGGUUGCUAAUUGUCGACAGUGUCUUGAACGGUCAACAGUCCUCAUCAACCAGGCUGAGCAUAUCCUGAAAGAAAAUGACCAGGCACGGUUUCUCCAAUCUGCAAAGAAUAUUGCUGAGAGGGUCGCUAUGGCAACAGCGUCUUCUCAAGUUCUGAUUCCAGACAUCAAUUUUAAUGAUGCCUUUGAAAACUUUGCUUUAGAUUUUUCCAGAGAAAAGAAACUGCUGGAGGGGCUAGAUUAUUUAACAGCCCCAAACCCACCAUGUAUCCGAGAGGAACUCUGUACUGCUUCCCAUGACACCAUUACAGUCCACUGGAUCUCGGACGAUGAGUUCAGCAUCAGCUCCUAUGAGCUUCAGUACACCAUAUUCACUGGCCAGGCUAACUUCAUCAGUAAGUCAUGGUGUAGUUGGGGCCUGUGGCCAGAGAUAAGGAAAUGUAAGGAAGCAGUAAGCUGCUCAAGAUUGGCCGGGGCGCCACGAGGCCUGUACAAUUCAGUGGAUAGCUGGAUGAUUGUGCCCAACAUUAAACAGAACCACUACACAGUGCAUGGACUUCAGAGCGGGACCCGCUACAUCUUCAUUGUUAAAGCCAUAAACCAAGCAGGCAGCCGGAACAGUGAACCCACCCGACUAAAAACAAAUAGCCAACCCUUUAAAUUGGAUCCGAAAAUGACUCACAAGAAGUUGAAGAUCUCCAAUGAUGGGUUGCAGAUGGAGAAGGAUGAAAGCUCUCUGAAGAAGAGCCAUACCCCAGAGAGGUUUAGCAGCACAGGGUGCUAUGGGGCAGCAGGGAAUAUAUUCAUUGACAGUGGCUGCCACUACUGGGAGGUAGUUAUGGGUUCCUGCACCUGGUAUGCAAUUGGUAUUGCCUACAAGUCUGCUCCCAAGAACGAAUGGAUUGGCAAGAAUGCCUCCUCAUGGGUCUUCUCUCGAUGCAAUAGUAACUUUGUAGUGAGACAUAACAACAAGGAAAUGUUGGUGGAUGUGCCCCCACAGUUGAAGCGUCUGGGUGUCCUUCUGGAUUAUGACAACAACAUGCUGUCGUUCUAUGACCCAGCUAACUCUCUCCAUCUUCAUACUUUUGAUGUGACCUUCAUUCUUCCAGUUUGUCCAACAUUCACAAUCUGGAACAAAUCCCUCAUGAUCCUGUCUGGCUUGCCUGCCCCAGAUUUUAUUGAUUACCCUGAGCGGCAGGAAUGCAACUGCAGGCCUCAAGAAUCCCCUUAUGUUUCUGGGAUGAAAGCUUGCCAUUAAGUUUCAAGAGAGCAUAUAAUUCACUGGCUCUCUAGUUCAGCACUUCCUUCCUUCCUAAACCUCAGUUAGUGUCCAAUAUACAAGAUACAAAAUGAAGUUCAUUUGAAGCAUCCAAAAUAACUAGAUAUUACAGAUUUAAUUUUUGUGCAUUAAAGCCUAUAUUUGAAUUAAGGUAUUGAGUUUCUCAGAACGAAUUGUCUGAGUAGUCUGAGUUCAAGCCAUUGGAGGGGAAAUCUAGGGAAUACCCCUCUUAUCACUGGAGAAUUAACAAUUCCCAGUAAUCUGGGAGUAUAAAUUAUUUUGGAAGGAAUUAGGAUAAUUCUAAGUAGAUAAUGUAGAAAGAUGCUCUGAACAAGGGGCUAGCCAGCCAGAAGGGUGUGCAUGGGCACAUGUUGGCCUUUCUAGUUUGGCUAAGUAGGAUUUGAAGUGUGGAAGGAUCACACAUUAUAUGUAGUUUUUGAUAAAAGCCUACAAUCAAGGAUUUAUUAUAGCGAAAAACAUGUAUGUGUAUAUAUAAUAUAUAUAUAUAAAAUGAAUAAAUAAUAUGUUAUAUAUUCAUUUUAUAAUUAUAUAUACAUAGUAAAUUUUUUGAUUUGCUCAUUUGAGUAAGAAAUAUAGUGGAAGGGAAACUAAAUUAUAGCAUCCAUUUUUGUCCCCUAAAGGGAACAUCAAGAUCAGGCAAUAUUUCCUUCCUCCCUCCAUUCAUUCCUCCCAUUCUCUCUCCUGUCACACAGACAUUCACGUGCAAUAAUGACAUUGAUGGUGGGAAGAGCUCUAAAUUGGUUUAAGAGAGUUUGAGGGACAAGAUUGCCCAAGAGAUGCUAUGCUGGGCAGAAAAUUGAUCCAAGUAGAAGCAUUAUAUGUAGCACGGUUUCACUGAGGCUACCUAAUGCAGGAGGUUCAUCUGAAUUGUUAAAAAUUCCAUCACAGAAUGUCUCAAAGAAAUAGUUUUAUUACUCUCAAGUACAUACAGUUACUAGAAUUAGGCUAAAACAAGAGUUGCACAAUGGACGUUCUUUAGGAACUUUAUUUACUUAAUCAGUAAGAAUGGAGUGUUUUAGAUGCAACAACCAUUUGCAUAUAAAUGUACUUGUAUUUUCAGAUAAAACACUUCUGAAGUGCUUGAGAAUGCCUGAGAACCGUCUGUUUUCAACAGGUUAAAGGAUUGUUUCCUAUGAGACCUUGUUUACACUAUUCCUCUGCUUUAGCCAACCCUUCCUGGCAAAUGCAAAUGUAACUUUCAUCCCAAUCUUCAUCACUAUUGUUGAAGGGCAUCAAGUUUUAUGGUCUCUGCUUUUGUCAGUUUCACUGCAGAGACUGGGGAUGUCAGAAUCAGAGUUUUCUCCUUCCCAGCAGAUAAGUCUGCUUCAAGGAGUCUACGUCUUGGGAGAUGCGAAAAUACUACUUUUGUACAAAGUGGUAGCUGUAACAAGCCACAGACUAGAGUCUUGAAACAAUGCUAAAACGUCUCCUCUCUUCCUUUCAACCACCUUGGUGGAUAUUCAUUCAUUCGUUCGUUCGUUCGUUCGUUCAACAAACUACUAGAUGCCGGGUACCACUCUGCUGCUGAUGUAUUGAUAAAACACAGUCCCUUGCUGUCAAAUGCCUUACUAUUGUGUAGGAGAGACAAAGUAUCUAUAUAAAUCCCCUAAAUAACAGCUUUGUAUUGUUUAUUCACCUAACAUGGAAAGCAGGACUGAUGCCCAUUCAGAUGGCAGACUCAAACUUACGUAUUCUAGCAGCAAAGUUGGCUUUUUGGUUAAAAAGCCCAGAUGUAAUUUCUGCUAAUUAGGAAAUGAGCAACUUCAAUCAGAUCCAGCAGUGCUAGGAAAUAGCUUACUGCUGUGGAAAGCUUAUACAUAGCCUUUGGACUAAAACAAUCCUAGUUCUAAUGCCAUUUACGAGCGGUGUGACCUAGGAUAUAAGCACUUCACUUCUCUGAGCCUCUGUUUCCUCUUCUGUAAAAUAAUACCUACCUCACAAGGCUGUUGCAAAGAUUUCAAAAGAUAGCACAUAUAAACUGCCUAGCACAACACCUGGCAUGUAGCAAAGUGCACAACAAAUAUUAACCUCCUCCUCCCAGCUCCAGCCCCAAUACACUGUUGUGGUGCUUUAAAUGUAUGCCUUUCAUUUCUGAGUUACUCUGGUCUCUCCUUGGGGGAGAUUUUAAACAAAAUAAAUGAUUUCCCCCUUCAUAAAAUCUCUCAGUGGCUCCCCUAACAUUCAGUAGAAGGUCCCAUUUACUUAGGGUUGGGCUUUUCAGGUUCCUGUUUGCUUUCCCAGCUUCAUCUUUUGCCACUUUGCUCCUUACACUUGUUACUGUAGACAUAGAGUACAUACUUCAUACCAGUUGUUCUCUGGGCCUGGAAUAGAGAUAUUAUUAACAGUUUUGAUGCCCUGAGUAAACAGGGAUUGUUCUUACAUUAAGGGAACAGUGUGAAAAUGCUACAAAAAUGAAGAACAUGCCCCCUCCUUCCCAGUCCAAUUCUCUUUACUCUAUCCUUGGGUCUCUGAAGCUAUUCCUGUUUUUUUUUUUUUUUUUUUUUUUUUUUUUUUUUUUUUUUUUUGCACUCUUUUGGUUUUAGUGGCCUGGGACAGUUUCAAUUUCCCUACCUUACGUUUGACCCUAGCCUGGACUACCUUUCCCCACCCCCUCCUCUCUCAACCAGAUUAACUCCUGACCCUUCCCCAGACUGCCGUAUGUUCUCUUCUGAGCUCUCAUGGUACCCUGAGCAUUCCUCACUCCCCCCACCCCCGGGGGCCGCUUCUAGCAAUAAUCACAUUAUAUGGCAGUGUUUUUCAAAGCGUGGUGGUCCUCAGACCACCUGUUAGUCACCUCUGGUGUUUGUUAGAACAAUUGAUCUUAGACCCCACUCCUGAUCUACUUAAUUGACUAUCUUGUCACAUAAGUGGAAUUUUACAUUUUGAACAAGUUCCUAGGUAAUUCUGAUGCACACAAAAGCUUAAUGUAUAAUAAUGAUCUUCCCUAUUAGACUGUGAAUACCUUGAGGGCAAGGACUGUGUCUUUUGUUGUUGCUGUAUUUUUAAUAUUUGGCAUGGUGUGUGAAACAGAGUAGUUGCCUGACUAAUGUUUAUUGAAUGAAUGUAUGAACGAACGAAUGAAUAAGCAAAGUUUCCCUGUUGUAGUCUGGUAUACAUUUCGGUGUUUGUUAUUUCCUGGGCAGAAAAGCUUGGUUACUUCUCCAUUUGGGCUGUAUUGAUAUUACUUUGCAAAUGUCCCAGGAUUCAUACAUAUAAAUGACUACUGUCCGCCUCAAAAGCUCUUUGGAAGUUAACUUGGGGAACUGUCUAGAGUGUGUGGCACCAUUCUUUUCAAGAACUUUUGAAUCUUUUCAAACCAUUCUUUGAAGAUGAAUUUAAGUUUUGGUUAGAGCAAAAAAUCACUCAGAGCUUAGCCUACUGAAUAAUGUAGGAAAUUAAACUGGGUUUGAGGUAACCAAUGAAGUUUCUGAGUCAAAUAAUGAAAAGUGCUUUCCAAGAAACAACAUGGGGAUAAAGCACUCAGUGGGGGUGUGGUGAGUCCCGGAAAACACACUUCAAGGCUUUUGUAGAUCGUGGCAAUGCCCAGGACCUUAAGAGAAGUCGGUCAUUGACUACCUCUGGCUAAAUAAACCCAGUUGGACAAAGGGAAUAGGACCUGUAUUUAAUUAACAUCUUCAAGGAAGGUGAUGCCUUCAGUUUUCAUUGUUGUUGCCCUAGUCAAUCUAUUCUCCUACAAUCCUUUCUGCUAGCAGAUUAUUCUUUCUAUCUGCAAUUUAUGCUUGUUUCCACUUUUUAUAUUGUCUUAUUAAAGCAAGCACAAAAAUAAUCAAAAUAAAGUUAAACCUGUUUUGAGAAUAUGAUAGAAAUGUUAAUGCCACAUUGGAGUUGUGACUACUUGUAAGUAAGAAUUACUGCAUCUGUAUUUUUAUCAUAUAAUUCCAUUAUGUAACUUUGGAUGCAGUGAAAUUCAGAUUUCAGCAAAAUCACUUAUAUGUUCUUUUCACCUUAAAUACACCAGGUGAAUUUUCUAAGCUUCCAUGGUUUACAUAUUUAUAUAUGACUACCUGGAUGGAGCAAUCCAUGGAUGGACUUUUUGAUAAGCUCAAAUAUUUGAUACCCUUUCCUCAACAGAAUGGAGAAUGUGAGGCUGACAUAUAAGAACCACUCCCAUGCUUAUUUCCAUUCCUGAAGUCAGCUGCAGCCUUGGAACCAUUGGCUGUAUUUGGCUGUGUUUUACAGGUUGUCCAGGUUGACUGCCCUCAGGGCAGGUAAAACUGCCUUUUACUUCAGACAUAUACUGUGCUGUUGUUGUUGGCUAGAAUAUUUAUUAGACUGCCAGACUAUUUUUUAUCAAAUAUUUUAUCCCAGGCUUGUUUGUACUGGGAGCUCUGGACCACUAGUAUCUCUCCUAGUGACAGAAAUCUGAGCAUCUGUGGAUUACACAGCCUCAUCCUUCUAAAAUAUCCCAGCCAUCCAAAAUGCUAUAUUAUGAAAUAAAUAAAUAUAUAUGUAUUCAUGA